CCUCUCUUCACACUUUUCACUCAGCCACUCAAGAUGGCGGCAGCGCCAUCCAUCCAGCCGCCGGUCGUCCCCGCUCCUCUAGCCGGGGAGAGCGCACUUUCCCCGGAGAUGAACAGCCCGGAGAGCCGGCAGCCGGGGGAUGAGGAGGCGGCGGCGGCGGCGGCGAAGCCCUGCGACCCGGAGAUGAGCUUCCGGGACCUGCCGGACCUGGAGCCGGAGGAGAUCGAGAGGAGGCUCGCCAGAACUCGCCAGGAGCUGAGCAACAGGAGGAAAAUCCUCAUUAAGAACCUUCCGCCCGACACCACCAACCAGGAAGUCCAUGAGAUUCUGAAGGAAUAUGAGCUGAAAUACUGCUUCGUGGACCGCAACAAAGGCACCGCUUUUGUGACUUUGCUGAACGGGGACCAGGCUCAGGAUGCCAUCCGCUCCCUCCACCAUAGCUCUGUCCGGGGACGCCUGAUCAACGUCACGCUGCAGCCCACCGACUCCCUGCUCUGCCUCACCAACCUCCCCCACACCUUCACCGCGCAGCAGUUUGAGGAGCUGGUGCGCGCCUACGGGAAUAUCGAGCGCUCCUUCCUGGUGUACAGCGAGCUGACGGGCCACUCCAAAGGAUACGGGUUUGUUGAAUACAUGAAGAAGGAUUCUGCCUCACGGGCCCGUUCUGAGCUGCUGGGCCGACCUCUGGACGAUCGCUCGUUGAUGGUGCAGUGGAUGGACGUCAAUCAGCUGAGCCAAGAGGAGAACCUGCACUCAAAGUGUCUGUGCAUAAACCGGCUGCCGCUGGAUCUCUGCGACUCUGAAGAACUCACCCAGCUCUUCUCGGAAACCUACAAACCGGUCUUCUGCCAGCUGGCUCAGGAUGAGGGCAGCCCGGUCCGAGGUUUCGGUGUGGUGGAGUAUGAGAGCGCGGAGCAGGCGGAGGCGUCGCUGAUCGAGAUGGACCGAACGCUGGUGGGAGGACAGGAGAUCCGUCUGUCACUCUGUACGCCCGGCACCUCUGGGAGAAGCACCCUGGCUGCACUCAUCGCCGCCCAGGGUAUGAUUCUGAGUAACAGGAAAGGUCUGCUACCGGAACCCAACCUGGCCCAGCUGCUGACCAGUAUGACCAACCCUGCUGCCCUGCAGAUCCUUAUGAGGCCGUACCACACGGGGAAAAGAGGAGGGAAGUACGGGCGUCACACCAGCCUGCCGUUCCUCAGACCGUCUCUCACCACAGCGCUGCUCACGCUGGGAAAAGUGCACCAGAAUGCUAUGCUGGGUAAUGGACUAGUCCUCCAGAACCUCUUGCAUAUGCAGCUCGCACAGCAGCAGCUUCUUCACAUCAAAGACAAACGCAUCAGCAGUGUCUCCAGUCUGCUCGGGGACCCGUCCAGGCUGCUGAUGCAGAAAGCUUUGUCUCUGCGGCAUCCGGGCCUGAUGCAGCUCGGCAAAGGCCUCCUGGGAGAUUCGCCUCCCGAGUUGGGACACGAGGCGGUGCCCCAGCCCUCUACCCACAAUGCCACAGCAGUGGUAUCUGCGGCAGGUGUGGUGCCGUACCUCCACGGUCGAGGUGGAGCCGGAGAACCAAACAGCACCCACUCUCUCUCCACAAACCAUUCGGCCUCCUCCUCUGCCUCCUGUGACAGGCAGCCGGCUCCUCCAGGCACCUUAAUGAGCUCCCAUCCGCAGGGACAGGGCUACUCCCUGGGUAUCAGUAAUUCAGGCCUCGGGCCGCCUCCACCUAAACCCCCCGGAGGAAUUUAUACGUCACUGGGCCAUCAUAACAGCAGCGAUGGAUGCCCCCUGGCUAGCAUGGUAAGCGGCGGUCAGGGCUCCCUGCUGGGCGACCCUCCUAAAGAAGUCAGACUGCCCUCCAAUCCUUAUCUGAACCUGGCCAGUGUGAUGCCGGGGGUGGUGCUGCAAGGGUCAGUGGGGAGUAAAGUGCAGGGAGGGCAUCCUCCCUCCGGGAUGUACGGCAGCUCGGUUGCUCCCGUCGUCUCCCAGGGCUCCGGCUCCUUCUCCCACAGCACGGCGGCUACAACCACCGCCCAGUACAGCGCCGACACCUGCACUGACUACAGCCAGUACAACCAGGCCUACUCACAGGAGGCCAUGCAGCAGUGGUACCAGCACUAUCAAGCACAAGCCCACACCUACGCCACUGCUGCUUCACAGGACAGCGCUGCCACAGACUACGCCAAGGAGCACGCGCAGGCUCCUCCCGUGUCGACCUACGCCGAUUACAGUUCCUACAUGCAGGCGGUCGCUCAGUACUACUCCCAGCCUGCACCAGCAAACCAAGCCUACGCCAGCAAGGAAGCAGAGGCGUGUAAGCCUCUCGGCGUCUCUCUGCACGCGGUCAGCAACGGCUCCGCCCCUCCGGCCGUCCUGCCGGCUGCCGCUGUGCUGCCGGCCUACGGCGCCCUGCCGUUGAUGCCCGGCUUCCUCGGGGCGCCGCACCCGGCGGCGGCCACGGCGAGCGCCGUCACGCACACACCCACUGCCGCCACGGACUGGAACACCUACUACUAUAACCAGACGAGGGGCCACAAGAGGGAGUACCCUCAGCUGGCAGUGCAGGAAGUGACAUCAUCAGAUGGCGCCUACAUCGGGCAGCACUCCCAGGGCCUUGGAGGGCAGUACGCUGACUACUUUAAGAGGAAGAGGCUCUAGUAUGAACCAAAACACCUGAAAGCCUACAGCUCGUGGAGGCAGGCGCACACACAGCAUCCACUGGAUGUCACAGCUCCCUCUAGUGGCCUUUCUAUGGCUUCCCUACUCAGUUUAGUGUGGAGUUUAAUAUCAUUUGGGGUUGCAUAUGGCUCAAAUGAAAGCAAGCCAUAGUGCACCUAUUUACACACACACACACGCGCACAAAGACAGCGUUGCUUUUGUCCCAUUCAAGCCUUAACUCUUUAACUUAAACUGUCGUUUCUCAGUCAAUAUGUCAACUGUAAUCAACUAAUAUUAUCUUAUAAAUGUUUUCUAAUCUAAUAUAAACUAAAUUAUACUGUAUGUGUAUGUAUAAGCUGCAUUUGUAUCUGCAGCCGGGGGACCUGGUCAGGUGUCUUGCUCUCUGUCUCCUUUCUAACGCUUUGAUUAGUCAGUCAAACUGACAUCGGUUUGUGUCCCGCUUCAGUGUCUUUUCUCCUUUCCUGGCAUUGUCCAGGUUUCUUCUUUAGUGAGGUAGUGUGUGUGUGUGUGUGUGUGUGUGUGUGUGUGUGUUUAUGUUUAUGCGUCUUGAUGUUUUGUUUCUGUAGGAAGUGUCAGCCAUUUCAAUCCCAAGGUUUGGGAGCAUAUCAGGUACGAAAAAGGGCCUGAACCAAUCAAAUCCCUUAAUUGUGGUGACUUUACAAUAGCUUCCCUCUGUGAAUGGACUCCUCUUUAUAAAGAGCGGAUGGGAAAUAAAAAGGCUGGUGUAAACACAGUGUGUCAUACACAAUAUAUUAAGCCAUGCGUAACAGACAAUAUCUCAUUGGACGGACCUUCUCCAGCUCUAAUAUGACACAAAAAUCUUUUAUUGUCCGAUUUGUAUCUGUUAUUCUAUACCGUUAUAUAUUUGUAACCUAAUAUAAUUAUAAUCUAAGGCAAUUAAUGAAUAUUGAAUCAAACUGUUGACUUAAAUGUAGUUGGGUGGUUUAGUUUUUAACAUUUAAGCCAUUUAAAUAUUAGGGCUAUGUCCAUUCUGUCCUCGACUCUCUUCUGCCGUUGUAACACAUGAGGGUAUUUUAAGAACCCUUAAAAAGACGUGUUAGGACAGCUUUACUUCCAUUUACAUGUAUGUGUACAAAUAUAAUAAUUUUAACUAAGAUGUCCCAAAUCCAUACUACAUACUGACUAACAGUAGAUGAAUACACUCAAAUUCUUACUCUGCCUGAGGUGGAGGAGCUUGUAACCGACGGUUGGUGAACUGGGUCCAGAAACGAACAACAAAACAUCCCAUUUCAGAACAAGCAUCAGGCUUUCUCUUUGUGAAACCCAAUGGAUUUGUUUGGCCCACGUAAGACACCACUUCCUGUUACUAUAAAACGGUAACGUAUGCAUUUGUAUACUGGCACUAUAUUGAGAUUUGUCUUUACUGUACACUGUUGGUUUGUAGUAUCCGAUAGGGACGCAAUAUUAUUUAAUUAUUUAUUUAUAGGAUCUUUAACAUCAAAAACUUGUGCAAUGCUGUUUCUUGCUCAUCCCUUGCUACUAUAAAAAGCCACUGUGUGAUGCUACCGUUGAAUGUGUGAUGAACACCGUAGAAUUACUGCACCUUGAUUUUAUAUUCCUUGUGAAAAUGGACAUCUUUUGAGGUUUUGUUUUCUUUUAUUAGAGCAAAGGCUCCGGACUUAAUUACACGUCAUUUACAAAAGGAAGCAAAUGAACUUGUAUUUUCAUACAGUAUAACCGCAUGGUCAUCGGUUUUUCUAUGUGCACAAACCGGCAAUAACUAAGGUUCCUAAUACGGUAGUUAUAGUGAAUGUUGAUUUAUUUACACAUACAGACUCCUACGUAACGACUCAUGCGCUUGGUGAAACCUUUUUUCCUGUUUGUGUGUGUGUGUGUGUGUGUCUAUAUUCUGCUCAUAUUGGUACGAUUAUACAUCACAGAGCAGGUAUAUUUCUUGCAUCACCAUGGCAACCGCACUCACACACUGUGAAACGCAGGUGAGAUCAGACAAUGCUGUGAACUGGUUUAGUCCAAAUGUGUGGCGUGAGUUUCUCAGUGGGAGCAGGACGUGCGUGAUGUUUACGUGUGCAGACACAGUGAGAAGAGUUGAGCGUCUGCCGAUGUAGUGUGCAGGUGCUAUGAAGUACGUAUAUACACAUAUGAAGUACUAAUAUAAUGCUAAAUGUAAAACUUAAGGGCAAUACCUAACAUCCCUCUACUCUUUGUUCCUCUUUGACUCUUUUUGCCGUUGGCUCUUGAUCCAAUUACACGUCCGGGUGACGAUGAGAAUACAAAGAGAAAAUACAAGCAGUGAAAGAAUCAGGUUGCUGCUGAUCAAAGUUUAUUUGUGCACCAUGUAGAUAAUAAUCAUAAUGCUUUUCCCCCCCUUUUUGUUCUUUUAUCCCACUGAUCCUAGAACCUUUUAUUUUAUACAAAUCACAAAAUAUAUUAAUCUUUAGCUUAUAACUGUUGUUUUUACUUCUACAUCCCUGCUUUUCUUUCAUAUAUCAUGAGCUUACAUGUUGUUUUAGUUUUUAAAUUUAAUUUGUUCUUCUCACUUCUCACUAACUGGUCUGAAUGUUUCCUGUAUUGAUUCUGACUGGGACUUGUGGUGUUAUUUCAAAAUGUUGCUAUUUUGGAGAGUUUUUUUUCUCCUUUAGACCCUCAAAAUGUUAUAAAAAUCUAUGUUUACACAUCAAAACAAACAACACAUCUGUUUAAAUGUGUAAAUUGAUAUAUUUCUAUAAGUUACUCCAAAUUCCCACCUAAAAAUAUUGCAAAUAUCUAUUCCAAUUUUCUUUUUUUUUAACUUUUUUUUUUUUACAUUUGUUGUUGCAACUGAAUUCCUAUUUGAAAAUGCACUUUAAAUUCCUCCAACCAGUUCAGUAAAAUCACAUUUAUAAAUUGAAUUCAUAUCCUGGAACAUGUUGCCAAUUUAUCCUGAUCACAUUGUCAGUCAAAUAAAAGACAACAUAUAAUAUAUAAGCACACUCAACAUGCAUUUGAUUUAAUGCAGCAUCAAACCAUAUUUUGGUUUGAGUUGUAGUUCUUAUUAGUUCUCUAAUUCUUUCAAAUCGUCUUUGCGGUGUCGCACCAACACCGCACCUGUCGGUUGGUUGAUUAUUCUUUCCUGAAUCAGUAAAUUAUUCCCGUUUUUGGGAAAGAUUAGCGAAGCAGUUCAUUUCUCAGUUUGGUUAAAAAGGAGGAGGAAGAGACUCUUCAAGUUGUCUUCUGUGCUGAAGAGGCCAUUUAACUUUUAUAUUGAAAAUACCCCCCGAAUCCAAGUUAACCACAGUCACGUUUCAUGAGACGCUUUCCCCUCGACUGGUUGAAUGUCUGAAGCCUCCGUUGGAUUGGAAGGGGUGUGUGUGUGUGUGUGUGUGUGUGUGUGUGUGUGUGUGUGUGUGUGUGUGUGUGUGUGUGUGUGUCAUAUAUAUUUAAGAAUACAAAGGAGCACAUACCUAAACACGGGAACCAGUAAUGUAGCGGAUGCUUUAGGACCUCCUUGAAGAAUCAAUCCAGUUUGUCUCAACCCCGAAUCCUGUUCAUGUGCUGCCCAUGUAAAACCUGUAACUCAACAGGUGUGAAAUGGGUUAGAAAGCCGCCCAUUAGCUGCUGCCAUUUGUCUUUGUGUCUCUGACAGAAGAAUGUCCAGAUGUAGAAUCCAGCCUGUAUUUUACCGUUGGACGUGUUGGGGCCAAGUUUAGUUCCUAAAAUGACAAACUCAUUUUUCAGAUUUUUCGAAGAAAACCGCCACAUAUUUGAAGUGAAUAAGAAAACAAAUAUUGUUUUGCUGGACUGAAUUUCAGCGAGAACUGCUCACACAACAAUGUCAGUAAUUGACAGUCAGAAAUUGUAGUUUUUGUCCUCACUCACACUUCCUUGUCUUCCUGCAAUAGUUUUCCUUUGCUUUCUCGUUGGGUUGAACCUGUUGUUCAACUGGUGAUUUGUUUGUGUGCGAGCUACUAAUUGUUUGUGUGUUUCUGUCGGUGCAGCACCUUUCAAAAUCUGCUCUUGGCAGGUACUGGGUGUAAAGAGAGGAAGGCGGGAAAACAACUCCAGCGGCUCUCAGCCUGUAUGGACUUUUUUAUUCUUCUUCUUUGCGUCAUUCCCCUCUUAUGUCUGCUAUCGGUAUUCGGUAUAUCGGUCAGGUCUGCCAGACUCCUGCAUGUUGCAAGUACCUGUAGAGCUUCCACACACAAACCCCAGUGGAAGUAUAAGGACGAUACUUUGUUCUUUUAAUGUGAUUUGUCAACACCUGCCAAGAAAUGUGUGUUCUUUUCUUUCUGACUGUUUUCAGCCCAAACCCCAUUUGUUCUACUGACGACAUUCAUCCGGUCUCAGAUAUAAAGCUUGUUACGGUACUUCCUUAACAGAUUUGUAUUGGACAGUUUACCGAUGUGGAUUAAAACACAUUUGGUGCUCCAGUGGAUAUCGAUCACAGUACGGCUCAUGUGUUUUAUAUAUUGUACAACAAUGAAGAUCUGUAACACUGAAGAAUGUAAAUCAAGCGUUUGAUAGAGACUCAUCAGUAUUAUCCCUUCAUUGAUUUGGGAUUUGUUUGUUGAAAAUGGAUUGUAGGAGCAAUGGAUCAAGAGAGCUUCACACUGAUAAGAUGAAUUGCAUCUUUUUUAUAAUCUGAAUUUGGAGAAUGUAGAAGGUCAAACCAGUGCAGGAUAUAAAUACUAAAGUUUCCUUCUUGUCAGAAACCUGGACAUGUUGUGUGCACAGAAAGUGGCAUGUAGACAAAGGUCUACAUGGUCCCUAUAGGUGGUUUUGUUUGUAUUGUGUAACGGAACAGAAGUGUUCAUAUAGGUAACCUUUUCUUUUAAAUACUACUCUUUAGUUGAUUGACAUUUUGUACUCGUGCUUCAAGUCCCAAAGGAUCAUUUACAUGUCUGACUCAAGUCUCCAAUGUGUGUAUUUUAAACAAAGGACUUAGUAUUCACUUAUUAGACAAUUUUGCACAGUUGCAACACUAUCUCUAAACUGCCACCAACAUUCUCAGUGUGAUAGUAUAAAAAUACUAGCGGGGGGGGGCGGUUGUUAAAUCUGUUUUUACGCUGAUAAUCUUUACCAGUCAGCGUUUGAAUUCAACAUUAGCUUAUUUUUUGUUGGUAUUUAGUCGUUGAUGGAAAUAUUUCGACAUAAUAGUUUUUAUUUUUUGAGCGUUCACUAACGGACGAGAAAAUUGUGUGUGUGUGUGUGAGGGGGGUGCGCACUGAUCACAAGGCAUUGCAAUACUGAAGUAUCUGAUUUUGACACAUAUUAAUGGCUCUAGAUAUUUCUAAAUUAGUCAAGCUUCUUCCUUUCAAAGAGUAUGUGCAUUUUGUUUCUGACCUGAAAUAUACUGUAGAUUUUGCAAAAAAGUUUAUACACAAUGACAUUGCUAUUGUUUUACUGUGAAUAAGGUAUUUCUAGGGAAAUUCUAGCAUGCGUAUUUACAACUGUAACAUGUAAAACUGCUUUCAUUAGUUGGUAAUAUAAGGCAUUUUGGACUGACAAAGAUGAAAUAUGAACAUCGAUUUGCUUAUUUUCUUUCAUUGUGUAUCCAUGGAUACUUUGACUCUUCAUAAUUCAUAGUUAUGUCUUAUUUUUGAAAAAUAUAUAUUUAUUUUCUUGUUUUGAGCAGAAGGAAUUGUCUUUUACAUUCCUAAAUAAAAAGUGCACUGCAGCGCA